CAUAGCGGUUGUUGUAGUUUUGUUCACACUUAUUCUUCUAUAAUCACUUUUUUCACCACCACCUUCAUAAUCGUUUUUUCUGGUUUUUAAGCACCAUCUUCAUCUUCCUCACUCAUUUCAUUUCACACCGACCCUCUUUCUUUCUUCAUCCUUCACUUACUUACAGUCACAUAUAGCUACACUAACACCAUUCACAAAGAAAAGCCAAUUCCUUUAGCAAAUCCAAUUUUCACCUUUUCACCAAAACCCAUCUUUUCUUCCAAAGCUUUCACCUUUCUGCUUUAUCAUGAACAUUCAACCCAAAACUGAACCUGGGUCACCACCAUGUUUCCAUUCCACAAACCCUAACAACAACCUUGAAGAUAAGUCUAUUCAUGAUCUUGUUAUGGUACUGCGUCAAACUUGUCAAUGGGAAACUUUUGAUAGUGUUGAAACUGUUUUGGAGAAUAGGUAUAUGAGACUCAGAGAAGAGCUUCACUUGGAGAAACUCUCAAGGUUAUAUGCUGAGUCUGAGUUUAAGAAAAGAGAAGAGAUUUGUGAAAAAGGGAAGAAAGUUCAAGAAAGUUAUGAAGCUCUUUUGAAAGAAGUUAAGGUGAAUAGAUUAGCUAAUAGUGAGAAGAAGAAUGAAUUAGAGGAGGAAGUUGAGAAGUUGAAGAAAAAAUAUGUUGAUGGUAGCUAUGAAAUUGAUGUGUUAAGAAGAAAGAAUGGUGAGCUAGAGGCUAAGAUUUUGGAGUUGAGGAAGUUGAAUGAAAAGAGGAUGGAGGAUAAUACUCAACUUGGUGUGUUGAGAAAAAUGAUUGGUAAAUUGGAGCAUGAAGCUUCGGAGCUGAGGAAAUCGAAGAAGAAAUGGUUAGAUGAUAGCAAUGCUUUUGAUGCGCUUAGGAAUAAGGUUCGUGUAUUGGAGGGCGAUAAAAAUGUUUUGGCUGGAGUUGAGGUUAGAAAUGGCGAAGUGAAGGAAACGGUGAAGAAAAUUUUGGAAACUAUAAAUAGGUUGGGGAAAGAAAAGAGUAAGUUGGCUGAUGAGAAACGUAAGAUUGAGAUAUUGCUCGGGUCUAUGUACAAGAAGUUUAGAGGACUGGUUGGAAGACUUUCGAGAUUGGAGGAUGAUACCAAUCUUUUGAAGAGUGUAGGUGUCUCUGGUGGUGGUAAUAAUGAGGGGAAGUCACCUGUUGAUCCUGUGGCUGCUAAUAUUGAAGACAGAGAUGAAGAUGAUUUUCUUGACGAUGAGUUCGGAAAUGACACUGUUGUGGAGGUUGCUCCUUUACAGACAAAUGAAGAUGCUAAUCACACUCUUGGAGUUGCUGCUAGUACUCAACCGCAGAGCAAAGGGAACAAGGAUGUGCAAGGUUCAUCAUCAGCUAGUGGAAGAGUGAAACUGGAUAAGAAUAUUGAGAUCAUAUACCUUGAUGAUGAUGAUGAUGAUGACAACGACGAUGAUGGUGGGUCUAUGUCUCGAGGAGUACAUGAAAAGAAAGCUGUUUUUGGAAUUGCUGUGAAGAAUGAGGUUCCAAGUCCAUCCGUGGCAACACAACAAAAAAGCAAAUUUCCCAAUGCAGUUGACACUUUUAAAAGAAAAUUUUCUUUGAGCGACAUUGAAAUCUCCAGUGCCAGUUCUUCAUCCUCCGACGAUUCGUCAUUUCUCGAUGAUCUUACAAUAAGGUCUGUGGUAUCACUUGAAAGAAGUAAAAAAAGUAGGCAGACGGAGCAGGACUGAACUAUUAGCCGCCAAAGUAAUUGGGCUACAUGACCUUUUGUUAGGUUUUAUCGAAGAGUUGACUCAUCCUUUUGUUAGGUCUUAGUUUUGAAAAUAUAUAACAAUGUUUGGUUUUUGUUAGCCAUGACCUUUGUUAGGUUUUAUUGAACAAUUAACUCAUCAGAGCCAUGGUACAUUUAUUAUUCUCUAGA